UUUUUCCCAUCAGAAAUAUCUGGAAAAGUACUAUAAACUUAAAACAGAGGCGGACCCUAUCUUUAAAAUGAAGAACAGAAAAACCAUAAGUGACAAAAUCCAAGAAAUGCAGGCAUUCUUUGGGCUGAAAGUGACUGGGGAACUGGAUUCCAAUACUCUGGAGGUGAUGAAGCAGCCCAGGUGUGGAAUACCUGAUGUCGGUCAGUUCAGCACCUUUCCACGGUCUCCUAGAUGGACAAAAACAGAUCUGAAAUAUAGGAUUUUGAACUAUACACCAGACAUGGCACCCGCUGAUGUAGAUGAAGCGAUUGAGAAGGCUUGGAACGUCUGGAGCAGCGUGACCCCACUGAAAUUCACCAGAGUUUACGAAGGCGACGCAGAUAUAAUGAUCUCCUUUGUGGCUGGAUUUCAUGGUGACUUCUAUUCCUUUGAUGGAGUGGGUGGAACUCUCGCUCAUGCCUAUGCACCUGGCGAAGGUAUUGGUGGAGAUGCCCACUUUGAUGAGGAUGAAUACUGGACAAAAGAUUUGAAAGGAUUCAACUUGUUCCUUGUUGCUGCUCAUGAGUUUGGCCACUCACUGGGUCUUGGUCAUUCAAAUGUCCUCGGCUCCUUGAUGUAUCCAGCCUAUCUGCAGACAGAGACCAGAAACUACAGGCUCCCUCAGGAUGAUGUUGAUGGCAUUCAGACCCUAUAUGGACCCCCAACCUCUACCGAGCCACCAGCUUCCAUACCAUCCACAGAAACACCAACAGAAACAUCAGCAACAGACAGCUGUGACCCUCACAUGACUUUUGAUGCCAUCACCACUCUCCGUGGGGAAAUAAUAUUCUUUAAAGACAGGUACAUCUGGCGCAAGAGUCCUUAUUUCCCAGGUAUUGAGCAGGAUUUAAUUUCUUCCUUCUGGCCAACUCUACCAUCUGGCUUUCAAGCCGCUUAUGAAAUUGACAAGAAGGAUCAAGUGUUUCUUUUUAAAGGCAACCAAUACUGGGUUGUCAAAGGAGAGUUUGUACAGCCAGGUUUUCCUAGGAACAUCCAUGCCCUGGGCUUUCCAAGAUACGUUAAGAAAAUUGAUGCCGCUGUUUUUGAUGGGAAUACCAAAAAAACGUACUUCUUUGUAGGUGACAAGUAUUGGAGUUAUGAUGAAGUCACUGAAUCCAUGGAAAAGGGUUAUCCAAGACGCAUAUCAGUUGACUUUCCAAGAAUUGGCAAUAAGGUCGAUGCUGCUUUUCAGGAAAAAGGACAUUUCUAUUUUUUCCAUGGAUCAAAGCAGUAUGAAAUAGACACCAAGUCCAAGAAAGUUAUUCGUGAAAUGAAGAGCAAUAGUUGGUUUGGUUGCAAAUAAGAGCAGACACACAAGGUGACGGUGCAAAAGAAACAGAACCCAAUUUUGUAUGCAUUACAGAUGGCGUUUCAUAGAUUUUUUGUUUUUAAUCAGUGUUAUUCAUCUUUUACUUUAUGUCUGAGUCACAUAAGAGCUGCAAUCCCGGAUAAAUAUUAGUUUAAAUAACAGAAAAAUGUUAAAUAUAAUAUAUAUAGUUUUAACUUAUCUUCAUAUUGUAUUUAGGCUAUUUAUUAAUC